AUGGCGUACCGAACAAAAAUUUGUAAUCAAGGCGGAAUCUUUAAUGCAUCUAGACCAUCUGAAUACAGUUCAGAAACUCGGAAAUUAUUCGCAGAGUUGAUCAAGGAGAGCCGUUUAACGACAUUGCAGAGGAAAUCUUUACAGGGUUGGUUAAGAUCCGGCAGUGAUUCGCUAUCAACGAUAUCUAACCGUCCAGUGUCUGGAGUGUCUGAAAAUCCCAUCAAACGGUAUCGGUCGACUAAACCACGAACGCUCAAAGACAUCAUCGAGUCUGGCGCGUAUGAACCGGAAGCUUACAAACCGAGCACGAGACAAAAAAAUUACAACGGGGAAAAAGAAAAACUACAGAGUAUUAUGGCUUACGGCAAAGUGACUAAAUUGGAUCCAGUAGCUGUAGUUAAAGUUCCUAAUAUUCCCAAAACAAUUGAUGAAUGUACCGAUGAAGAACUCAUUAAUUCAGUGAUUUUAGAAAUUGAAGAUCGCGAAAAAUUUUUGUCUGACAUGGAUGACUUGGGGCAAGGAUCCAAGUACAGUGCCUCUAUAAUUCAUGAAAUUUGUGACAGAAUAAAAAAACUGGAAGUGUUUGUCACUAAAACUGCCUGUAGUUAUAGGCAGGCAGACGUGCUGGGCAUUGCAAAAAAAUAUCGAAUACCACUGGGAUCACCAAAAACACUACCAGGAUCGUUAUCAAUUAUUUGAAUGAUGUAUUAAAUUCUACCAACCUAAAUAAAAAAGUUUUGAUCGAAUUAUAUCAUUUAA